UCAGCCCUGCUUGCGUUUAUGUGUUUACCUCUCCGAAGCCUGAACUGUGGAUAGACAUAAAACAUAAAUUCAGACAUAAGAAAACUAUUCCGGAAAUACAAAUGUAACAUUCCUAUCGCAUCCUGCACGGGUUUCUACAGAGGCGCGCAUUAUUUUUAAGAACAUCCUAAAGAAGGUAAAAUAAGUAAAGACAUCAUGUCACGUGUAGUAAAGAAAAGGCAGGCAGACCCCAAAGUGGUCCAGUACAUCUGGGCGGCCAUUGAAGUCAUCCGGAAUCAGAAACAAAUUGCCAACAUGGACAGAAUUUCAAAGUACCUGAGUCGAGUGUUCGGCGUGCACCCAAAGGAGACCACGCGACAACUGAGCCUGGCAGUGAAGGAUGGCCUGGUGGUGGAGACGCUCACUGUUGGCUGCAAGGGCUCGAAAGCUGGCAUCGAGCAGGAAGGAUAUUGGUUGCCAGGAGACGAGAUAGAGCAGAGGACUGAAGGCAGUAAGGUAAGGGACUGGGAGUCUGAAAGCCAUGACUGGUACUGCUUUGAAUGUCACCACCCUGGAGAUGUGAUGAUGUGUGACUCCUGCUUUCGCGUGUACCAUCUCAAAUGCCUCUCAGAUGAGUUUAAGCCCAGGGACAACAGCACACACUGGCAAUGCAUUGUAUGCAAGAGCAGCAAAAAGAAGAACUUGAACAAGCAAGAAAUGAGCAAAUAUCUGCGGUUCAUCGUACAACGUAUGAAAGAAAGGGCUAUAGACUUGAAUAAAAAAGGAAAGGACGGCAAGCAUCCCAUGUACAGAAGACUAAUUCACACUCCGCUGGAUGUCUCCAACAUACAGGAGAAUGUCACUGAUGGAAAAUACAAAAGCUUUGAGGAGUUUAAAGCAGACGCUCAGCUGAUUGUACACAACACAGCCAUUCUGUUUGGAGUGCAAAGUGACCAGGCAGAAAUUGCACGGUUGCUGUACAGUGAUACAUGUCAUGAGCUUAAUGAACUGCAGCUGUGCAAAAAUUGUUUCUAUCUGUCAAAUGCACGACCUGAUAGCUGGUUCUGCUACCCCUGUGUGCCAAGUCAUGAAUUAGUUUGGGCCAAAAUGAAAGGGUUUGGCUAUUGGCCUGCAAAAGUCCUACAAAGAGAAGACAAUCAAGUGGAUGUACGUUUUUUUGGUCAUCAGCAUCAGAGGGCUUGGAUCCCAUCUGAGAACAUCCAGGAUAUCAAGGUGAAUGUGCACCAGUUGCAAGUGAAGCGCAGUAUGGGCUGGAAGAAGGCCUGUGACGAGCUGGAGCUGCAUCAGCGCUUCCUGAGAGAAGGCCGCUUCUGGAAGACUAAGAUGGAAGAGAGGCACGAAGAGGAGGCCGAGUCCAGCAUCUCUUCCACCAGCAACGAACAGCUUAAGGUUAAUCAGGAGCCGAAAACAAAGAAGGGGAGGCGUAGUCAACACACAGAGCCCAAAGAAGAAGACCCAGAGCCAGAAAUUGAAGCAGUGAGCUCCAGUCAAGAAAUCCCCACCACUCCCCACCAACCCGAAAGGCUGUCGGUCUCAACUCAGACCAAAAAAUUAAGUGCCUCCUCACCGAGAACACUACAUCGGAGCACCCAGACUAACAAUGACGGCGUGUGCCAGAACAUGUGUCAUGAGAAGUACACCAAAAUCUUCAACGACGUGAAAGAAAUGAUGAAGGCUGACAACAAGCGGGAAACUGAGAGAGUUGUACGGGAAGCGCUGGAGAAGUUGCGCACAGAGAUGGAGGAGGAGAAACGCCAGGCUGUGAAUAAGGCUGUGGCGAACGUUCAAGCGGAAAUGGAGAGGAAGUGCAAACAGGUGAAAGAAAAGUGCAAGGAGGAGCUGGUGGAGGAAGUCAAGAAAAUGGUUGCACAGCACAAACAGCUCAUUUCUCAGACUAAGAAGAAGCAGUGGUGUUACAACUGUGAAGAGGAGGCAAUGUAUCACUGUUGCUGGAACACAUCGUACUGCUCCAUCAAGUGUCAGCAGGAGCACUGGCAUGCUGACCACAAACGUACCUGCCGCAGGAAAAGAUGAAGGCCUGCCUCCUUUCUCUUCUCCUGUCAGUGACUCACUGUGUCUCCUGCUCCUGCCGUAGCAGAACGCGUUUUAUGAACACACAAAUUGGGUAGUUUCGUUUUCUGAAAUCUCAUUUGCACCAGCCUUCUGAACACUUUGUGUACCGAAAACUUUGCACAGAGUUGAAAAGAAUUCGUUUUCCUUUGUUUCUCUCUCUUUCUCCGUUUAUUUAAUACGCCCAAGAUUGAUUUUAUUUUUUCAAAAUCAUGAUCAUGUGUGCGGGGGCAUGACUCAAAUGCACAGAAUGGUAAAAUGUGUCUUUUAUUGUCUAGCUUAUUUUAUGUUUGUUGGCAAAUGUGUUAUUUAAGUUGAAAGCAAAAAAAAAAA